UUAUUUAAGAAUGGGAUGGGAUGUUUUCAGUUGGAAGGGACCUGCAAUCAUCAUAUACUCCAACUCCCUGACCAAUUGAGGGCUGACCAAAAGUUAGAUCUUCCAUUUCAUGCCAGUCACGGCUGAAAUCCCAGAGCGGGGGUUAUUCCACAGCAGAGGACACGGGCGUUUCUGCAUGGCGGGGGAGAAGGUGCCCAGGGGAAGAACUGCAGCUCUAGGGCGCUUUGAUGUCCAGCACUGCAGCGUGGCCCAUCCCUCCCUGGGGACAGACAGCCUCAUCCCUGCAGACACUCAUCCUUUGGGACAGACCCCGUCCCUGGAUGCUCUCCACCGUCCCUCAUUCCCGCUGACGACUAACUGUGUCCCUCUAGCGCAUCCCUAAAUGCCGUUUUUCUCUAUAGCCUGGAGAAGAGGAGGCUGAGGGGAGACCUCCUUGCUCUCUGCAGCUCCCCAAGAGGAGGUUCCGGUGAGGUGGGUGCUGGGCUCUUCUCCUAAGUGACGAGCGAUGGGACCAAGAGGGAAUGGCCUCAAACCGCAGCAGGGGAGGUUUAGACCGGGUACUGGCAGAGAUUCCUUCGCAGGAAGAGCUCUCAUGCACUGGAAGAGGCUGCCCAGGGCUUUAAAAACGGAGGGGUUUAAAAGCCAUGGGGAUGUCGUGUUCAGGCCGUGGUUUAGUGGUGGGCAUGGCAGUGUCAGGGUUACGGCUGGACUUGAUCUGAAAGGUCUUUUCAAACUUAAGUGGUUCUGUGAUUCAAUGAUUGCCUGAGGAACAGGCUGGUGCUGCACUGUGGCCGUGCAAGAGAAACGUGAAUCCAUAUUCUGAGUCGGGGCACCAGUUUCUCGCUGUUGCAAGCCGCAUUUAUGUAAGACAGCGGGUCUCUUUAGAACUUGUGUAGUCUUCGUCUUCCACCUCUCGCUGGCAGGAGACGCGUGCCAGACGGUGAGGUCACAAUGAGCCCACAGCACUUGUCCAGCUGCUGCCCAGGCAUCGGACGCCACAGCCCUUCAGCCCGCUGACAGGCAGGACCCAGUCUUGCUGCUCAGGGGAAAGGGACGAGGCUGCAAGCUGCAAGGCAGCUCAGCAAUGAGGAAUAACAUGGAGUCACCUUCACCAGACUCAUCCUCCGACACGGAGGAGCCUGGUUGGGUGCCUUCAUCUUCUCCCAGCCAAGCAGGACGUGAUACGGCAGCACCUGGCGAUGCUGCCAGUGCACCUCUCGCAGGAGAGGACUUUCAAGGUAGGCCGGAGGAGCGCGGGGUGCCCAGCCUCCGUGAUCCUCUUUGGGAGGAGGAGAGCUGUGCCAAACCCAGCCCCUCUUCAGCCCGCAGGUUCCUCAAGAACCUCUGGAAGGUGGUCGGCAGCCCUCACUUCCAGUCAAUCUGGUGGGCCGACAACGGAAACUGCAUCGCCAUCGCAGAACAACUCUUCUGCAAAGAAGUGCUGGGGAGGAAGAUCUUUGCAACCAGGUCCAUGGGAGGCUUCAUCCUCCAACUCAGCCUCCAUGGAUUCCACGCAAUGGAAGGAGAUUCUCCCAUCUCCAUCUCCGUGGAGGAGCUGCAAGGAAUAGCAGCAGCAGGAUCUUCUCUGGGCAAGGUAAGCAAGUUCCUCCCCCAGGAGAGAACCCUCGAGACGUUGUGUGGGCUUGGAAAACCCUAUGCUUCUCUGCUCCCACAUACUGAGAACCCCGGCGCGCUCACUACUUACAAAAGCUCCAUCCCAACCUUUUGUUCAGUCUAAGCCGGAGGCUUCACGGCCCACCGAGAGCCCUUUGUCAUAGCCACGCGCGUCUCGGCUGAAGGAAAGCCUUGGCUAGAGAAUCUCUGUCUUGGUGCUUCUGGGAAUGACGGCACUGACUCCUCUCCUUUGUCUUCUGCA